AAACCCCUUCAUUCCAAACCCACCACCUCCAAGGUGUUCCUUUUCCACAACUCCUAAAGAGGUAGCUCUCCCCUUUCUUUCCGUUUUUCGCGACACUUUCAAGCGUUUUCGCUCAAAACGACGACGGCGAUGGAUCGCGUGACGAAGUUGGCCUCCCAACGGGCGGUCGUGAUCUUCACCGUGAGCUCGUGCUGCAUGUGCCACACUACCACAAGGCUCUUCUGCGAGCUAGGCGUCAACCCCACUGUGUAUGAGCUCGACAAGGAUUCGAAGGGAAAGGACAUGGAGAAGGAGCUCGUCAAACUGACGGGUCGGAGCCCACCGGUGCCGGCCGUGUUCAUCGGGGGCAAGCUCAUUGGAUCCACCGACAAGAUCAUGUCCCUUCACCUUAGCGGUAAUUUAGUUCCGCUGCUUCGAAGCGCUGGCGCCAUCUGGCUGUAGAAGAAAUAUAGCUCGCUCCGAUGCCAUGUAUGGGAGAAGUACUUACCUAUUAAGCACUUAUAGCUAGUAGUGAUAACAUGAAGUAGUGUAUAGAGAGGCUUCUUCUCUCUUGUUAAUAAAAUAUAGAGAAAACUACAAGUAUUUGACCUUUUGUUACAAAUAAGUUGUACUUGCAAAAUAUGGUGUAGUGUCUUCUUUUUCACAAUCAUGGUAAUGUAACUGAUCCUUAAUUUCUCUCAUCAUCAAUGUGUAAUAAUUAGCUUACAAUGAAAGUGGGAAAUUUUUGCUUUUUGAGGUA